AUGUUCUGCCACAGUUGUCACCAUGUCACCAAGAGAAAGGCUGAAGGAGAUUUUAAGGGAGAUAAAGCCAAGGGGAAGGACAAGACACAGAGGCGAUCUGCAAGGUUAUUUGCUAAACCUGCCCCUCCAAAGCCAGAGCCUAAGCCUAAGAAAGCCACAACAAAGAAGGGAAAGAAGGUACCCAAAGGGGAAAAGGGGCAGGCUGAUCUUGGCAAGGAUGGGAAUAACAUUGCAGAAAAUGGAGAUGCCAAAACAGAACAGGCACAGAAGGCUGAAGGUGCUGGAGAUGCCAAGUGA